AUGUAUCUUGAUGGACUCAGCGAGAAUGAGAAGCUCAAAGUUAAGGAACUUUGCGCGCUUGUCAACAUUUGCGAGAAGGAGGCCGUCAAAUUAUUGAAAGAGAAUGAUUGGGACAUUACGAUGUCGUCGCGUCGUGUAUCCAAACAGUACGACAAUGCGCUGUCGUUGAAGCCGUGCACAUCAAAAGACGAGCUCAGCGAAUGGGAUCGUUGGGCGUGUCGACUGCGCGUGCCGGGCUACGCGUUCUAUUUGCCGGAUUUGGCGAAUCUGCCGAGCGAGUUUCGAAUAUUCCUCGAAAAGGAUUUGAUCGAGACGUCGACGCAGCGGCGUCUUGAAGCUUCACGCCAUUUGAAUUGGUGGCAUCAAUUCGGCCAGCGUCUCUAUCCGCUAUCAACGACCGGGGAUGGGAAUUGCCUACUCCACGCCGCUUCUUUGGGCAUGUGGGGUGUCCAUGAUCGUCAGUUGACGCUUCGCGAGACGCUCUAUGAGAUGUUGGUGAAGGGCACACGACGAGAAGCGUUGUGGAGACGCUGGAAAUGGGCCGAGCACAACGCGAUACAUUCGAGCGAAUUGGCGUUGACACUAUCGGAUGAUGAAUGGCAACAAGAGUGGGAUGGUCUUGUGGCGCUCGCCUCGCCGGUGCCGCGGAAGCAAGACGACAAUGGAUCGAACUCGACGGAUCAGAUAUAUGAAAGUCUCGAGACGAUUCAUGUGUUCGCGCUCGCCCACGUGCUGAAGCGACCGAUUGUUGUCGUCGCCGACACGGUGUUGCGCAACGCGAAAGGCGAAGAAUUAUCGCCAGUGUCGUUCGGUGGCAUCUAUCUUCCGUUGGAAUGUCCGCCGUCGCAAUGCCAUCGAUCGCCGUUAGUGCUGUGCUACGAUUCGGCGCAUUUUUCGCCGCUCGUCCCAAUGCGAACCGAUUCGAGUCAUAAACAAAUUAUACCAAUAAUCGAUGUGAAUCGAAAUUUGCUGCCGGUGCAUUUUGCUGUGGAUCCCGGAGAGAAUUUCACAUGGUGGAAAAGCGAGUCCGACACGAAGUUGGCGUCGACGUUGGCGAUGUCGGCGACGGCGAAACUAACGCUGAUCAGCGAAUACAUGGACAUUGUGCGAUUGGACGUUCGACGCGGUUCGAUUCGAUCGACGCGACGCGUGCGAAGUGCGCACGCGCCGCCGCCGCCGGCGCCGUUGGAGUCGUCGCCGAAUCGCGAGCGCAACGCGAGCUGCGAGGCGCCGAAAAGCAUGACAUUGGCGAGCACCGGCGUCUCGUCGGGCGGUCGAAACGAGAAGUGGCGAAUCAUCAACGAGAUCACGACGCAUCUGAUGCGAACACUUCGCAUAUCGUCGAACGCCAAAUCGAAAGAGAAGAGCAUCGACGCGAACGAUUGUAUUGCGCGAAUGAACGGCACGUGUGUGCUCGCCUCGGAGCUCAUUCCGACGCACCAUCAAUACAUGGACGUGAUGGUGAACGAGUAUAUGAAGAGCGCGAAAUUGCGAUUCCAGCAGAAUCAGAAGGCGGCGACGUCGAGCAACGACAAAAAGCGGAUGAGUCGGAGUUUCAGCGCCUCGUCGCUCAUGAUCACGUGUAUCAACGCCGCGUGCAAUUUGCCCGCCUCGCAGGCGACGAAUUUCCUGUGCGACGAAUGUUUUGCUCAACACAAAAUGGUGCUCAUCUCGUUCAAUUACGACAAACUGUUGUCGCUCGGCGCGUCGCCGUGCAAAAGCUCGACUCUUCCGUCGUUUGGCAUCGAGAAUGACGAAAAAGAGAAUGUGGCGCCGAUUUUGGACAUUAUCACCAAAGAUGGAUCAUCGACGUCGACCAGCGUUCGAGCCGUUGAAGACGAAGACGGCGUCGUGCACUACUACGUCGACGACGACGACAUCCCGCCGCCGCCGCCGCCUUCCAAAUAG